AUGUCUGCCGCACCCCACGAUGUAGAGAAGGUCACCACGACCGGGACCGACACCAAUGGCGCCGCGCCCACGAACCGGUACGACUACGGCGGCAACCCCAUGGCUCACAUCCAUUCGGGCCCCGAUGGGAGACUUGCUGCUUUUGGCGGAGAGUUUCAACCGGGUCUCUACAGGUCGACGGAACACAGGAAGUUUGCUAACCCCGCGCCUCUUGGUCUGUCUGCUUUCGCCCUGACGACCUUUGUUCUGUCGCUCAUCAACAUGGGUGCCCGCAAUAUCGCAGCCCCCAACAUUGUUCUGGCACUGGCUUACGGCUACGGAGGUCUGGUGCAGCUUCUUGCUGGCAUGUGGGAAAUGGCUGUUGGCAACACCUUUGGUGCCACCGCACUGUCAUCCUACGGUGGUUUCUGGAUAUCCUACGCCAUCUUGCUGACCCCCGGCUUCAAUGCUCUCGGCGCCUACGAAGAGGCACCGGCAGAUGAGGCAUCAGUGCUCGGUUUCUUCCUGAGCGGCUGGUUUAUCUUCACCUUCAUCCUCUUGAUGUGCACUCUGAGGUCGACUGUCAUGUUCUUCCUGCUGUUCUUCACCUUGGACCUGGCCUUCUUGAUGCUGGCAUGUGGCGAGUUUGCCAAGAGCAAUGGCGCCAAGUCGUCUGCUACGAUGCUUCAGCAAGCUGGCGGCGCUUUCGGUAUCUUGGCUGCAUUCUUGGCAUGGUACAAUGCCUUUGCCGGUAUUGCCGACCGAAGCAACUCCUUCUUCAUCAUUCCCGUCAUCCACUUCCCCUGGUCCGACAAGGGUCGCGAGGCUCGUGGCAAGGCCCCUCGUGAGACGGUCUGA